UCUAAGGAAUUUGCACAUACGGAAAUUAUAUACGUUCAGAAUUAAUUUACAAAAAAUACUGCAUAAACUAAUGUCAAAUAGAAAAGGCAUUAACUACAACAUUCAAAUUAAAACUGAUAUCCUAUGUGUCUGGUGUUAACAACUACCACAUGGGACAUCAUUUUUGAGGUGUUCAACAUUCUAAAACGAUACCAUUUGAUAUAAUAAUAUAUUUUAAUAUAUAAAACUCGGAGGAAAAUACUGUUAGAUGGACCGACAGAGGGUUCAAAUGGUUCAAAGGAUGCCAUUAAUGGAGGCGACAACACUCGGAUCCCCACUGAUUCUUUCAGCUUCAUGUCUCAUCCCUCUAAUCUCUCUCUCUCUCUCUCUCUCUCUCCAUACUUUUCAGUCGAAGCUGCACCCAACCUGAGUUUUGAGCAGACCUACACACCGUUUACACCUUAAAUAUAAUGCCCCUUAACCCCAAACUCUUCAAACACACUUCUUUCUUCUCAUUUUCUCUAACCUCUCCCUUUCUCUCUCUCUCUCUCACUCUCUUAAACUUUUAGGUAUGGACUUCCAGCCAAACACAUCUCUACGUCUGAGCUUACCAAGUUACAAGAAUCACCAACUAAACCUAGAACUUGUCCUCGAGCCUUCUUCUACGUCUUCUUCUUCUUCCACAAACUCAUCAUCAUGUUUGGAGCAGCCUAGGGUAUUCUCUUGUAACUAUUGUCAAAGAAAGUUUUACAGCUCUCAAGCUUUAGGUGGCCAUCAAAACGCUCAUAAGCUAGAGAGAACCUUAGCCAAGAAGAGUCGAGAACUCUUUAUAUCCUCAACUACUGUUGAUUCUGAUCAACAUUACCCGUUAUCCGGCCGGUUUGAGAUCUACGGCCGUGGCUAUGAAGGAUUUGUCGAAAGCGGUGGCCGGAUGGACUUCUCAGGCCGUGGUGUGCCGGUGAGUGGUCUUGAUCAGGAUCAGGAUCAGGAGAUGAGUCACCUUGACUUGUCGUUAAGGCUCUAAAAUAGUCUUUAUUUUGUUAGAAAUAUAAUCAUCUCAAAUGUGAAUCCUGAAUUAAAUGUUUUUCAAUAAGUCUAUUUCUUACCAGUCAUGUUUUUAAUGUAAAAUCGAGUUCACGAUGAUAGUUUUAAAUUUCGAAUCAAAAUUUAGUUUUGAAAGAUGGUAUCUA